GGCCAGGUCACCUGUGUCCUGCUUCCUCCCUCCGGCCAGGAUCAUGCUUCCGCUCCUCACUGCUCUGGCGCUCUGGGGGACGCUGGCUACCCCAGCAGGGACAUCCAAGGCAUGUCCAGCUUGCUCUCUGCUGGGAAACUGCACCGAGAGAACCUGUCCUGCUGCCAAGGAAGCCUGCUUGUUCAGCCAGAUGCAGCUUGAAAAUGGGACUGUCAUCAAGAAUGGGUCAUGUGUCACCCCUGGGGAAUGCCGAGAAGGUGUUUACUCCCUGACCUAUGGCCCCCACUGGAGUCUCUGGGUCAGCACAGCGUGUUGUGAGAUCACCUGCAAAGGGGCCACACGACAAGAUGUGGCGCCUGAGGCCCCGCUCAACGGAGUGAAAUGUCACUACUGUUUCGGGGAUGAGUCGGCCUCGUGUGACUCCCGUUUGGUCAUGAACUGCACCGGUGAUCAGACCAUGUGUGUCACCCUCAAUGGGACAUGGAAUGGAGGGGGUCCCCAAAUCUUGAAGGGCUGUGCUACCCCAAAUGUAUGCCACCUACAAGUGAAUACGACACUGGGCCCGGAAGCAUCUGGAUUUCAUCUCACCAGCAAGCCUGAAUGCGACUAUGUGGCCACUCCCACCCCACCAGGUCCUCCUGCAGCUGCGACUCUGACCAAGGAUGAGGUCACCACCUGUUUCACCUGCUCGAGCCUCAAUAGUUGUGACACUCUCCUCUGCCCAGCGGACAGACAGUACUGCCUUCAGACCGCAGGCAUCCUGACCUCAAGGAAAGGUGACUCUGUUGUCUGGAGAAGUGGUUCCUGCGUGGCCUCCAAGGACUGCAAAUUUGGCAGCUCUGUCUCUGCCUUCACCUACGGCGUUGACUUUGGCUUCUGGAUCAACUCCACCUGUUGCCAAGGCAACUGCCAAGAACUCACUCCUCUCGAAGUUUUGCCAACCUCACACACCCUGAGUGAGUUCCUGUGUCCUGCAUGUCCUGGUGGCCAGCCGGGGCCCUGCAAUUCCUCCUUCUAUAUGCAGUGUCCCAGUGGGGAGACGGAGUGUGUCCAGCUGGACCUGGUACUUGUAGAAGGCGGCCAGAGCGUGAGCAUGCACGGCUGCGGCUCCCAGGAUUUGUGCAGUCCCCCCGCCACCGAAGGGCUGCUGGAGCUGCCCGGCCACCGGCUGGCCCUCCCGCCGCACUGCAGCACCCGCCAGCGGGCUGUCAUGGCCUCCAAGUGCCACUCUGGCGUGCCACCCGGCCUCCGUCUCGCCCUGUCUGUGCUGCUGGUGGGCCUGGGUGCUGCGACCCUGUCCUGAGCAGGCCUGGCCUAUACUACCCUUGCCCCGCAUUCACUUAACCCUGUUUGUGUCCCACGUCGCUAGAUGGCACCCUGGCUUCCUCCUACUUCCAGUAUUUCUAUGUCUGGAAGCUUCUGGUGAGAAAAGUCAAAACCAGAGGGGGUGGGUAAGCCUCCUCCCUCAGACUAAGGGGUUCCCUAAGGCUAGUCCUCUUUCUUAACACCUGGGGCCCAAAGGCUAUACCUCCUCCCUCAGACUAGGCUGCGCUUUCUCAGACCUCAGACUAGAGACAGCUCCCUGGGCCCCAAAGACUAAGCCUCCUUCCUCAAACUAGGAGGUCCCCAACACCAGCUUACUCCCUCAGACUAGAGCUGUGUUUUCCUGAGGAUUGGGAAGCAGCUGCUUCUGUCUCCCUCUUUAGGCUCUAGCAAAGUCUUGGGCAGCCAAGAUAGAGUUUGGGACCAAAUACACCCCCUUCCCAGGGUUUUAGAGCACCCCUUCCACCCCCACCACAGGCCCUCUUCUGUCUGGGCUCAGUCUCCCCGCUGUCACCAAAUCUGAAUGAAUCACA